GAUGUCUAGAAGCGUGUUUUCAACAUUCUCAAGUUGCAAACUUUUUGCUGGCAUUUUACAGCAGCCAUUUAUACCUACGCGAAACGCUGUCAAGUCUGCAGCACGACGAAGACUACCUACGAAGCCAGUUAUAAAUCCAUUUGUCAACAAGAGAACUAAUUUUAUUAAAGAACUUUGUGUUGCUUUGGUGAAAUAUGAUAGAAUUCAGACGACAUUGCACAAGGCCGUGCAGCUGAAAACAUACGGUGAAUUGGUAAGUUUAUUAAAUCUGUGUGCUACAUGAAUGAAUAAGUGUUCAUUUGUACAUUUCUGUUAGUGAAUUAUAUGUGAACUGAAGAACACUGAACACUUGCUUGUCUUUACGGAUUGCGGAAAAUUGGAGAUGCGGAAUUUUAAAAAUGCGGAGGGUUGAAAACGUUUUGUAUUACAGUCGAUUUCACGAAACUUUGGCCACGCCAGUUGCGAGGAAACAUUCCCGUACCGUCGGGCAUUUGACCCUUUCAUUUGACUAAUCACUGGCGCAAAAUUGGCCAGCGAUCGCGUAACCUGAGUAUCAGGCUCUAUUUUACAAAUAGAGCCUGACACAAAACUUAACCUGAUCGCUUUCCCACUAAACGGCUGAAUUUAAAUUAAAAUGAACUUAUAAAAUUAACAAAAAUAAUCACAAAUUAGCGAAAUAUAUUGGAAAUGUAGCUUAUAUUAAAUCGCCACCCAAUUGCUCUCUCCUCCGCAAAGGUUUCAGUGACUACAAUUAAAGAGCUUUACAUGGCGCUUACCGUAUUUAUCAACAAACUGACAUAUAAUUAUAAAGUAUAUAUACGUUAUAACUAUACGUCAGUUGAUAGUGCAAUCUGAUGGCGAUUUAAUAUAAGCUACAUUUGCAAUAUAUUUCGCUAAUUUGCGAUUAUUUUCUAAUUUUAUUGCAGUUUUAAUUUAAAUUCAGCUGUUUAGUGGGCCGGAUAUAAUUGUAGUUUGUUAUAAAAUAUAUCAACAACUGACAAUAGUAUAAUCGAUCUAAUUAGCACCAGCCAAUCAAAUGACAGAUUUAAAAAUCGUUUGUCUAAUUGGCCAAUCAGACGAAAAAGCCAGAAUCUGGCUUUUUACAUGCGCCGCGGUAAAGAAUUGUAUCAGGCCCUCCUUCAUUCGCCGCCGCCAGUUAAUCCUGGCGAAUGAAAACAUAAGGGCCUGAUUCUCAGGUUAGCGAUUGCGCCAAGUGCUUGGUGUUGAACAUGAUUUGUUUUCACGUAUAUAACGUGGCACGGCGUGAAUAGUUUUAUAUAAAAAGCCGUUUAUAUAUAAAGUUUGGAACUCAACCAGGGACGUAAAAAAGGCUGUAAUUGCUUGUUCUUUUGCAGAAUUUGUCUAAAAAAAUAUGUGUCUUUAUGAUAUUUUAUAUAGAUAAAAAGAAAAUUGAACUUACAUAUUGUGAGCAUAAAAAGGAACAUACAAGGGCAUUAUAAAAAGGAACAUAUAUGGGCAUUUGACUAUGUUUUUGCUCGCACCGUUGGGAAUUUGACAAUGGGUUUCGCCCGCACCGUCGGAAAUUUGACCGUAUUUUUUUUAAAAGUCAAAUUCCUGGGGGUUCGCCCGGGGGCGGGGGGGGGGGAUGAUCGCAGUUGAAUUGACUCGUACCUAAAUAGUAUUUUUUCCAACGUGUUUCUCCUUAGAUGCAAACAACGGUAGCUUGGUUUUGUACAUUUCAUUUCCGGUGAAUGAACACUGAAAAACAUGGAUGCACACCGAUUACACUUUGUUUUGUACAUUUCAUUUCAGUGAAUACACACCCAAUAUGAAUGAAACGCGAUACAUUUUGAGAAAAUAGUUAAUGGGAAAAAGUAAAUAAAACGUUCUUUGAUAUAAUAAUAUAAAAUCAAACACAAUGCACUUUCUCAUCAGAAAAAAUGAAAAUCUUCCAGUAGACUCAGUUGGGAAAGCCCCUUAGCUACUUCAAUUGGGAAGAGUCUGUCAAACAGACAGUAUAUGGGCUAGCUAACACCCUGCUAUUGGAUAUAUUUAAAUGGAUAUUCCUAACAAAAAAAGUCUAUAGGCCUGGCCUGUAGGCCAACCUAUAGGUUUCUAUAGGAAACCUAUAGGUUUUUAUAGGCAAUUGGAACAUUUUCUAUAGGUGACCUAUAGAGAUGCCUAUAAGCCUAUAGAGCUCUAUAGGUGCCUAAAUUUCUAUAGGGAAUUGGAACAUUCCCUAUAGGAACCUAUAGGCCACCUAUAGACUUUUUUUGUCAGGGAUAAGUAAUGUUUAUGCAAAGGCGGAGCUAACUUAACAAGAGCGAAAAGGGCAUAUUUUGUUUUUUGAUGUGUUGUUGGCAGUCCCUCCGCUCCCCUCGUACGCCUGGGAGGGAGGAAUUGAAAGGUUGGUUAUCAAAAUGGACGUAUGCCAAAUAUCCCAUGCUGAUGACAAUUUACAUUCAUUGACAUUUUGGACAGUUGUCCAAAAAAAUACUAAUCCAAAUAAAUAUUGUCGCAUAUGAACAAGGUUUUAGAAUUUCCUGGAUUAUAGGAAUACACCGACAGAGGGUAUGGACAGUAGUCCAGUACAAAGGCUGAUGUCAAAGAGAACCAGAUUUUCUAGCCUGGUUACCCGGCCAGACUGAUGAUUUUCCAUUGAAAGAGUUAAGACUAGUUAACUGGAUGCCUCGUUUGACUCUAGAUAGUGACUUCCAUGUAAACUGGACUCGUUUUGUACAUUGUGUAUUAACCAUGCUCAUAAAAUUAAAAUUAAAUAUUCCUUUGCUGGUAGAGAACUAUAGUUUAUUUGAAGUUCUGUAUUAAGUAUUUGUUGUACCUAUGCAUUCCACUUUAACAAGUUUGACCAUUAAGUGCAAGCACUUUUCCCUAGACAAGUAAGAUCAUCUGGUGUUAGACAGAGUAAAAUUAUACUAAAGUAGGGCGCGUUGGGGGUGCAAUGCAACUUAAUGGUGCUUUUGUGUAUGUAGAGAAGAUAGAAUUACAGUCAAUUUGAUAUAAAUAUGAUACGCAUCACAAGAAACAAGGAUGCUCUGAAUGUACCUUUUUAUCGAACAGCAACAGGUCAACGCUCGUUUUUGUUCAGAACAGUAAAGUUGUGGAAUGACUUGCCUGACAAUGUUAAAUCUGGGAACAAUUUGAGGAAUGUGCAAUGUUUUAAAAUAGCAUUAAAAACAUAUCUGUUUCAACAAUUUUGAAACGACUCUUAGUUUUUAACUAGUUAUCUAUUAACAUUAAUAUUGACUUCGUUUAGCACAUUUGUAAUUAAUAUCUGAAAAGCCCUUUUGGGAGAUGUUAAAGUUUUUUAAAUUAAAUUAAAUUAAAUUAAAUUAAAUUAAAUUAAAUUAAAUUUCUAUGCCUUUCAAAGUGAAAGAAUUGAAAAAGUGAAAAAACAUUGUAAGCUUGCAAAUUGCCUUUAAAAAAGCAUAAUUUAUUAAAGUCACGUCGAAUACACUUUCUAUUUUUAUAGUUAUAAAGGAACGGAAUAUUGUAAAAAUACCUAUGAUAACAUACAAGUCAUGAAAAAUUACUCAAUUCUGAUGGGCUAAGAGCAGUGCAAUUAUCUUUGAAAUUGCACUAGCUGCAGUGCAGCCUAGACCUAGGCCUUCUAUUUUUAUUUAUAUUUUUUUAAUAUUCAGCGCUUUUUCAUAUGAAAAGACUGGGACUAGGUGAUUUGGGGGCGGGGCGGAGGAAGGACAUGACUAGGCUUGGUAAAUCCGCCCCGCCCCCAAAUCACCUAGUCCCAGUCUUUUCAUGUGAAAAAGCGCUGAAUAUUAAAAAAAUAUAAAUAAGACUAGAAGGCCUAGGUCUAGGCUGGCUGCAGUGCAAUUACUGCAGUGCAUAAAACAAUAGCAUAACCUACAAUCAUAGACAAAUUUACUCGGACAACUGGCAUGGCAAAUAAAGUAUUUUUUGCAACAUUUUCAUAUAUACUUCGUAAAGUUGGUCCCCCCCUCCCCUGAAACAAUGCUGAUGAACAUUUCAGUCAUCAUGGCAACUAUUGCGGUAUUUGUACCAACAACAUUGUAACGAGGGGGCGGGGAAUACGGCUGGAUAUGCGUAUAAAUAUUUGAUUGCAUUAAACUUCAGCCAUUUUUAAUCAGCGUCCGCGUGUUAUUUGUCUAGGAUUGUAGCUACGAUGCUGGAAAAAUCAACAUGGCGGGCAGAUAUUAGUAACGUAAUUAGAGGUAAAGAAAUAUUGUGUUAUAGAACUGUCAUUUCACAUAAUAGCCAAAAAUGUGCGAUAUCCGAUUGCGCAACCCUCUUCCAUGUACACGUGACACGUUGACGUGACUAUACAGGGUGUCUGAAAAAACGCUAUGGAAAUUCAACAGGCUAUUGUACAUCACAAACUUAAUUAAACAAUUCAAUUUUUACAUAGGACGAAAGAACAGUUAUUUAACCGCUUUUCUAUGAUACCUUUCUUAAUCCGUAACGAUGAGAAAUGGGCACAUACAAAAGAUCAAUUCAAACGGCGAUCAUAAACUCAAUCCGCUCAUACCUAAUUCCCCCAGCGCUAACUCAAUAUUCUAACAAUAUCUAGUCAAUUAUAAUAGACGUUUAUAACUUGUCUUAAUAUUUACUGUAUGUAAGACAAAUAGUAUAAUAAUAUACAAAUAGUCAAUAUUCUAACAAUAUCUAGUCAACUAUAAUAGUUUAUAACUUGUAUUAAUAUUUAAUUAUGUAGGACAAAUAGCGGUAUACUUAAAGUAUCCUAUUAUGUAAAUAUAAAGUAUUCACCUUGGUGCAAUUUUAUAUAUAUAAUAAACCUUUAAUAAUAAUAAUAAUACUCGUCAAAUAAAAAUUGUCGGUCGAAAUCACGUUCUUCCACCGUUGGGAAUUGAAAAUACAUUAAUUAUGCAAAGUUAAUCCAAAAGCAACGCGAGCCUGCUGCAAGGUACUUGUUUCGUAAAACGUUUUGAUUACGAAUGUUCUCUGUUAAUCAUGCAGUGGUUAAUUGAACCAUGUUUAAUGCAGUAAUGCACGUUCUUAUGGUCUAUCUCGCUAAGACGAAGAUUGACGAGUUCAGCUUAUUUUAGAUAAUUUAACAUCAAUUUUAAUUCCCUCUUGGGAAUUGUUUAUGUUUCGUUUUCCAUGCAAUUCCCAACGGUGGAAGAAUGUGAUUUCGACCGGCAAGUUUUAUUUGACGAGUAUGUGGCCAUUUCUCAUCGUUACGAUUUUAAAAGAGUAUCAUUGAAAAGCUAAUUAACUGUUCUUUCAUCCUAUGUAAAAAUUGAAUUGUUUAGCCACGUUUAUGAUGCACGACAGCCUGUUGAAUUUCCAUAGCGUUUUUUUUUAGACACCCUGUAUACGCGUCACUAUACGCGUAUAUACGUCACUAUAUGUGCGUCACUCUCUAUAGGGUCUAUGACGUAGCUAUAUACGUCCUUGCGGCUUAUCGAAUUUGUAUGAAUAUAAGAUUAUGCAGGAACACGCAUAAUCCGUAUUUAUUUGAAAUAAACAAACUUUAAAAAUAAUAAUAAUAAUGGAAACUUUAAUAAUUUUGUUAUAUACUAUAUAUAUACAAUUGCAAAUCUCACUAAUUUAAGGUAACUUACAAUUGGCUAUUUGAAUCACAACUAUAUGAACUAAUAAAAAUGAUAAGACAGAAUACAUGAAAAUUUAUAAAUAUACAAGACAAUCAGAUAUUUCAAAUAGUUAACAAGUCCGGACUUUCCCAUUCCUUAUUUCGGCAGCAAAAAAUAUAGUAUGUACUUCGAAUGGCAAUAGUCAUCAUUUUCCUAACACAGUACGUUUGGUAUAGUUUUUGUCCAGACCAACAUUUCCUAACAUUUCUAAGAAUGUAGAGCAUUCUUGCGCAAAAAUACCUAGGGAGCUCAUAGAAAGAUUUAUAAAGUUUACUUCGUUAAAAUUUUCGUCUAGUUGUUCUACUAGUUCUUUAUAUUUGGCUUUUUUCCGAUUAACGUUGUAAUAAUAAUAAUAAUAAUAAUAAUAAUAAUGAUAAAGUAAUAAUAAUAAUAAUAAACACUUUAUUUAAACUGUUAAAAAUCCCAUCAGCAAUGCUGCUGGUAUUAACGGGAGAGCAGUGACUACAAUUAUCAACGUUACAUUUAUUUUAUAUACAAUAUAAACAUGCAUAUUCUUAUGCACUAGCAAUAUGAGACUUAUUGUCAAGUUCUAAGAGAUGUGUAUAAACGUUACGUCCCUCUGGUCUCUGUUUUCAGGAAGCGGUACUAAUUUCCCGUGCGUAAUACAAAAUGACUGAAAAACGGCAAACUUCGCAGGGCUAUACAAUCCGCAUUUUACAGCAUUUCGCAACGAAACUUCGGAAUAUUACUAAUUUUAAUUUGUGAUGCUCUUUCAAGCUGUGGUGAAAUUUUUGUAUAGACUUGUUGAGAUCAAAAUUUUGGUUAUUAGGUAAUAGGUCCAAUACCAAAAAUUCAUCACAGAAUUCAAAGCCUAAACCAAGUAUUAUAGUUCGUUAAUGAAGUCUCUAAAUCGGGGUCGUACGCAGGAUUUUUCACGUGGGGGCAGUAACGCCUAUAUGCCGAAAAAAGUCCCAAAUAUCCAAAGAAUAAUUAAUAAUGACAUUCUAAAAAUCGUAAAUAUAAUUUUAUCUAUAGGGGGCAGUUCCCCCCCCGCCCCCCCCCCCCCUCCCGUUGUGUACGGCCCUUGCUCUAAAUAGCUCACAUUUGGUAAAAACAACUCUUUAAUGAUCAUGCCACCAUAGCAACGACGUAAAUGGUCUUGACUUUAAGCCCGCCGCACACGAGCGCACUUGUCGCGCGUACUUGUUAUUCGUGACAAGUUGGAUCGACAAAAUUUCCUCGUGUGCGGGCAACAUUUACGGCAUUUUCGUCAUUCGUGACAUGUAAACCAAAUAUCAAACAUGUUUGAUAUUUUUCGUCAUUCGUCACAAAAUAAUUCUCGUGUGCGGCGAGCAAACGACAGACGUUUUUAAUUAUGCAAGUUGCGCGCAUGCGCAAAUUUUCCUAUUCAGGCGCGUUUGUCGUUUGCUGGCCGCAUGUCACGAAUGACGAAAAUGCCGUAAAUGUUGCCCGCACACGAGGAAAUUUUGUCGAUCCAACUUGUCGCGAAUAACAAGUACGCGCGACAAGUGCGCUCGUGUGCGGCGGGCUUUACGUCAUCGUUUUAAAAAUGUUCCGCAAAGAUUUAACCUACGUCACAGGUAACUUACGUCAUAGACGUGGUAGUACUGAUGACGUAAUGUGGUGUAACUAUCUGCGUACGCCGGGAAAUAUGUAUUUUUACAUCAGAGCAUCUGGUUGUAUUAUUGUGCUCAGUACCAAUUCAUCUCAAUCAUCUGUGUAAGAGGCAACAUGGCUUCAAAUGCUCAAGCUUAUGAUGAACUAAGUAAACCACAAUUCGAAGCUGGUUGUCAAUUUAUCAGUGAAUUAAGUCUCCGCCUAGGAGACAGAGUGCUUGACAUGGGUUGUGGUACUGGAAAUCUCACAAAAUAUAGCGCCGAUAUUGUCGGCCCUGAUGGCCUGGUGUACGGAAUCGAUCCUGAUGCUACGAGAAUCAAAAUUGCUGAAGAGAAACACAAAGAGGUGAGGAACCUUCACUUCCAUGUUGGUAACAGCGUCACUGGAUUCCCACACGAUAAUGAAUCAUAUUAUGAUGUUCAUGACGAGAUGUCAAUGACGAGAAAAAGAUUUACAUACAGAAAGUGUAUCGGUCUUUAAAACCUGGGGGAAAGUUGGCCAUUCUCACUGGAGGCAAAACAGACCGCGACAAUAGUUCACUAAACUUGCAUCAAUUGGACCCAUGCAGACGGCUUUCGUAAGAUAUUUGCAGAUGUAGGUGUAUUCACCGAUGUUUCGGUCGAUGAAUGCAUUUAUCCAGCACAUUUUGAGAAAUAUGAAUUAUUGAAGCGUUGGUUUAAAGCUACGUUUCAUCGAGACCUGGACGAAUUAGAUCCUGUAUAUGUAAAAGCGAUUAUGGCAGAUUUUGUUACGAUGCAUGAUGAUGGCAGUGUUACCGCAAAAUUACCGUGUAUUCGCAUCAUGGCAAGUAAAGAAUCAUCGAGCUUGUAAAAAUUAAACAGUUUGCUAUAGUUAUAAAUGUAAACGAAAGCAAUAAACUGUAUUAGCUUAUUUAACAUUUAUUGCAUGGAGAUGAAAACAAGAAUAAUAAUUUUAUCAAACAGGAAUAUCAAUACUGGUUUAUUUAAAACUUUUCUGUGAUUUUAGAUGUAUCACUAUAUGCAUAUCUAUAUAAUAGUUAGUAAAAAGUGGGCGCUAUACUGAUAUAUGUUUUCGGUUUGUCCGUAUGAAAGUUAAAUAAAAUGCUGCUAUAUAGUUCUGUAUAUGUAUAUUUGUCUUGGUUAGUUCAAAUGUAACAACUAUACGAAAGCAAAUUGUAUACAUACUAGUCGAAUCCCAGCGGGCAAAAUGGCGUUUAUCCAACGUUGAAUCAACGUUGGAAAUGACCUUCCAGACGUUGGUAGACGUUGAAAAAGGGUUGACCAUGCAAAUUGGAUCGACGUUACUGUUUCGACGUUGAAACAACGUUGAAAUUAGGUUGCCAAUCUCGUCAACCAUAAUUCAACGUUGAAUCCACGUUAAAACAACGUUGAGAUUGGUUCACAACUCGACGUCAUACAUUUAACCAUGAAUGAACGUUAAUUCAACGUCUGUUGGCUGCUGUUGAACCAAUGUUUGUAAAACAACGUCAGAGCAACGUAGAUAUUAGGUUGUCGACGUCGCAACCUUUUUUCUACCAAAUUUCAACGUUGAAACAACGUCGUGUGCCCGGUGGGAUGUCUAAGGGUUCCUGUUGUAGCAAUUGGUUGGCUUUCGGUCUUACUUUGGCUUGUAUACUUGUUGUAUUUUAGAAAGCGCAAUAAUGACCACAAACCGACUGGUUUUUAGUGUUUAAAAAUUGCCAUAAUUCUGCAUGUUAACUGUUGCGGAACACUGCUCAUGGAAUUCGUGCAGAAGCUUGUUGUCUAGACUUGCCGCAGUUUUGAAUAAAUCAUAUAUGUAGCCACUUCCAGCUUCUCAUGCACAUUGAUCUGAUGAUGAUUCUACUAUAUAUUAAUCGAAAUAUAACCAUGAAGAUUUAUAAAUAACGACUUAUAUACUGUUUCAUGUAACAAUUUGUGUGAAAUAUAUUAUAUUAUUAUAUGAGAGGCUCACGAAUUAUGAUUUCAAUACAAGGACACCAAGUAAAAAAACAUGAUUGAGAAUUGCAGUGAAUACCAAAACUUCAUCUCAGAAUUCAAAACCUGAACCAGGUAUAGUUGAGCCCGUUAAGGCGGAUCUCCACUAGACGAUUUUUGAAACGAUCGUCAAAACAGUUCGCGCGACGACACAUGCAUGCAUGCGCAAUUGAAAAAAAGGUUCGAAGAGCGAUCGUCUAGCGCUCGACGAAAAGUAGGAUUGACUUCUACUUUUCGUCGAGCGCCAGACGAUCGCCAAAUCAGGGCUGCAAAUUACUGUCGGACAUCGGACAAUGUCCGACUAAAUUUGGCAAAUGCCCGAGCAAAAGUAAUUUUGAUCGGACAUUGGUCAGAUCACAAAAAAAAUUGUCACAUACAUUUUUUGCUGUGACAAAAUCCGAUUGCAAAUUCACUCAAUUUGCAUUUUGCAAUAAAAUUUACGACGCAUUCUAGCAUUUUACUUAAACGUUGCGCCGGAAUGGCUAUACAUACUUGUCUCGUGACUUAUAUAUAUCCUGUGACAUAUAUAUGUCCGACCAAAUUUAAUUUAGUGGUGUUGGUUUUUGUCCAACCAAAUUCAAGUUAUAUCCGACCAAAUUCAAGUUAUGUCCGACCAAAUUCAAGUUAUGUCCGACCAAAUUCAAGUUAUGUCCGACCAAAUUCAAGUUAUGUCCGACCAAAAUUAAAAAUGAUCGGACAAAUGCCCUGUCAAGUCAAAUAUUUAUUUGCAGCCCUGUUUGGUUUUAACCAAUAAGAUUGCAGGAUUCUUUGUCCAAACAUUUCAAUAUGAAGUUUUAGUAGCUCUUCAAAAAUGCUAGGAAGCAUUCUGAAGUAACUAAAAAAGAUUUCAUGGUCAUGCAUACAGUCAUAAAUCUCGCACGAGCAAUUGGUAUUCACCUAAAUCUACACGUGGUUCUUUUCAUGUACAAAUAUCAUAACAACUUGUUGCCACCAACGUUCAACAAUUUCUUUACUCCUGUGUGCAAUGUUCAUUCUCAAAAUACGAGGCUUGCUUCUAAAUUAACAUAUAUACUACCAAAAGCAAGAACAAAUUUCGGAAUUUUCAAUAUCAAAUAUCAAGGCGCUAAAAUUUGGAAUUCUUUACAUGAAUCAUAUAAAGACUUGCCGAUUUCUCAAAUUAAAUAUAAAAUUAGAAUCGAUUUUCUUGGAAAGUAUUGAUUCAGUUUCCAACUCCAACUUUUUCUAUACGUUAUCGGGAGUCAUGCAGGACUCCUUUCUCGAUCUUUUAAAUAUAUUUGAUAUAGAACUAUAUAUUGUCAAUUUUCAUAAUUUUUUCGUCCUUUAUUUGGUUUCCUGAUAUUUAUAUAGCCCUGUGGUUAUUUCAGGGAGCCAGCUCUCUUUCAAAUCUUCUCAAAAAUUACAAAACAAUUAGUCACAGAUCACAAAUAUAUUUUACUAAUAAUAAUAAUGUUAACUAUAAUUUAAAUAAUUUCUUUGUGUAUAUAAAUUGCAAUUUGAAAGGAGCAAAUAAAUCUUGUAUCUUGUAUCCUUUCUGAUUCCUUUCCUCGUAGAGUUUACGAAUCCAAAAUCUGCGGCGCUUCCUUUUUAUUCUUUUUCGAUAAAAGUAUAUCAACAUCAAUUACCUUCUUCGUAGAAGUAAAUAAUUCAAGUAGUGUUAAUUCACGUCCGCCAUUCUUGUUGUUUAUCCCGCGCUUUUUCUAUUGGGAAGCCUCGCAGUGCCUCGGAAGGUCGUCUCCAAUGGACCUUUCCCCUUAUAACUAAAAUUUCGAUUUAGACAAAAAUUUCAUCAGAGCUUGAAAGAGCAUCACAAAAUUAGUAAUAUUCCAAAGUUUUGUUGCAAAGUUCAGUCAUUUUGUAUUACAAACGGGAAAUUGAUAAUCAGGUGAUCAAACUGAUCAUCAAUUUCCCAUUUGUAAUAGUACAAAAUGACUGAAAAACGGCAAACUUCGCAAGGCUAUAUUAUCCGCAUUUUACAACAUUUCGCAACGAAUCUUCGGAAUCACUAAUUUUGUGAUGCUCUUUCACGCUGUGAUGAUAUAUUUGUCUAGACUUGCCUAGAUCAAAAUUUGGGUUAUAAGAGGAAAGGUCUAUUGGAUGAGGGUUUUCUAAAGAACAAAGCAAUUCAUUGUUGUAAACACAAAAGCAAUUGUCAAAUCGAGCCAAUGAAGAUCACUCUUCUUAGCUACUGCGAGGCUACCCUUUCUAUUGCUGCUAGUACAUCUCCACUUCUUUCUAAAUCGUCGCGAAUUUUGAGAUCCGCCUUUAAUGAAGUCUCUAAAUAGAUCACAUUUGGUUAAAGGGAAUGGAAAUAUAAAUUUUUGAUCAUCUUGGAUAAAUUCGCGAGCGUUUUUUUUUGUUUGUUUUUUUAUACACCCUGUACAGAACUGAGGUGUGAUGGUCUGGAAGCUAAACAUAAGUCCUAGUUUGAUAUUUUUGUCUGCGUUUAUGUUAAUUUGUGCACGGUCAAGGUGAUUGAGCUCAUAAUGGAUAUUUGCAUUAUAGACUAAAUUUUGAUCUAGACAAAAAUUUUAUCACAGCUUGAACGAGCAUCACAAAAUUAGUAAUAUUCCAAAGUUUCGUUGCGAAAUGUUGUAAAAUGCGGAUAAUAUAGCCUUGCGAAAUUUGCAAUUUUCAGUCAUUUUAUAUAUAAAUUGAUGCCCCAACACCCGAUUGGGCUGGCAAUUUCCAUAGAUAUCUUAUAUACACUAGAUGACGCAUCUCUUUUAGUAAAAUUGAAGCCAAGAAUAUUCCAGCGGUUACCCCCAUUUGAAUAGAUGGCGGCCAUGUUGGUCGUUCCCACUUGCUAAUAAACGCUUAAAAACAACAAUUACUUUCAUCAUUUGAAUAGUUUAAAAAUGUAUUUGGAAUAGGGUUAACUUGAUGUUUAAGUUCCCUGUUUAUAAGAAAUAGAAAACUUACGAAUCUUUUCAUUUCAUGGGAACGACCUGAGACUGCAAUCACGGCUUCAAUUUUUGAAUUGUAGAAUAUUUAGAUGCACUAUCUAGUGCAUAUAAGAUAUCUAUGGCAAUUUCCCGUGCGUAAUACAAAAUGACUGAAAAACUGAAAACUUCGCAUGGCUAUAUUAUCCGCAUUUUACAACAUUUUGCAACGAAACUUUGGAAUAUUACUAAUUUUGUGAUGCUCUUUCAAGCUGUGAUUUUGUCUAGAUCAAAAUUUAGUAUAUAAUGCAAAUGGUCCAUUGACAUCGUAUUUUCGUAUAUUGAAGUAACCGUCCAAUCGGGAUAGCUGAGAUGAAACGUGCAACCACGAUGAAUAACAUUUAAUGAACUUGAGACAAAGGAUAUGUGCACAAUCAUGAGGUACAGUUCAACAUCAAACAAAGGUCUUUUAUUUUGUAGCUUUGAGGUUUGCCGGACUUCCAACAUCAUAUCUUGACAGACUAUACGAACUAAAGACUGUAUAUUAUUAUAUGAAUAAAAUACUACAUGCAGAGUGUGUUUUGGUGUUUGAUGGCGGAUAUUUUGGCUUUAAAAAGUAACUAAAAUUAACUCGUAAACGACAUCGGUGACCCCCAAAUUUUAUUUAAAAAAAUUAUUUCUCUUAGUAUAAUCAAUUAUUUUGACAAUUUAAAACAAAUUCUGUGGAGUAAAAAAAAAUGAUUAUGAAUAAUCAUCUUUACGUAAUUUAAAACAUUUCGGCUUCAUAAUUCCAGCUUUUAGUUUAUGCGUGCAGGGGGCGAUGGGAAGUAAGGUAUCAUAUUGCUGAUUAUGCUGAAAAAAAUAAAAUUGGCGACCGUGUAAACACGGAGUGACAGCUUAUACUUGUAAAUAUUGAAAUGUUUCGGCAGUUUUUAUUGAAAUUUUUCAACAUAAUCAGCAAUAGGAUACCUUACUUCCCAUCAUCCCCUGCGCGCAUAAUUUAAAAGCUGGAAUUGCCUAUUGAUUAUACCAAAAGAAAUAAUUUUUUAAAAUAAAAUACGCAUCUAAAUCGUGAAUUUUCCAUUUUUUUAAACUGUAUUGAGCCACCAUCAAGAGAAUAAAUGGAAAAACCCUUACUAAUAAUAAUAUUUAGACAAAAAGCUAAUAUCUACACAGCUGUGUCUGCAACAAAUUUGUUCGUAUAUUACCAAAACCGUGCAGGUUCCUCGUCAUGUUUCCGUGUCCAAACAUGAUGUCGAUUUCACGACGUUAGCAAUCUGGUUAGUGCAUUCCUAAUGAGUAAUGUUUUGAGGCAAAAACAUCGCACGUUUUUUCGAGCGAGGGGAAGGAUCAGUGGUAUGGGUAAUAUCGUAACAAUAUUUCAAAUAAAUACUUAUAUCUUUAAUAAUUAGUAUAGGCUAGGAAAUUGCACGGUUCGAGAAAUAUUAAUGAAAAAUCUCGCGUGUGUUUGGAGAAAUAUUAAUAGUUACUUACAACCCCUAUAUUUGUUGUUGUUUUUGUCAUUCCGAUUGACCGAAAGAUUAUUAUUUAACUUUAUUAUAUGGCAAGCAUCACUUCCGGUGAAAUCAAACAAACGAUGUAAAAACAAACGCAUGCAUUUUAAAACAAAACAACAAAACUAAUUGAAAAGUUGAAAAUUAUAAUUUGAUUUGUUAUUCAAGAUAUUUGCAAAUGUUUUUAGUGGAAAAGAAGGAAUACAUUGGUAUUUUUUGUUUUCUUCAACCAAACGUAUGCAUUUUAAAUCAUGUAUUUCUUGUUUGUUUCCAGUAUAAAUGCCUAUAAAUGCCAUAUAAUAAACUUUUUAUUAACCUCGCUUGCUCGGUAUGUACAGAGAAAUAUCGAGCCUCGGUCUUUUUGUAGAAACCUCGCCCUUCGGGCUCGGUUUGUACAAAAAAUACCUCGGUCCGAUAUUUAUCUGUACAGACCUCGCGUUCGGUUAAUAAGAAGUUAUUAACUAUUUGAUAAUUAUGCUUGUGAUAUUACUCUGAGUGUAUAUCCACACCGGGCAAGUUUGAAAAAUAUGCCUGACCAUGGUGGGAAUCGAACCUACGACCUUUGGAAUACUAGCCCAACUAUAUGCUCUGCCAACUGAGCUACGCGGUGAGAUCGGUUCGAGUAUGUGAUAUUUCGAAACAGAAUCUAGUUCCUUCGAUAUCAAUGUAAUCUAAUAAUCAGUAAUGAUUUUUCUGUGUUGGUAUAAUGUACUCAGGUGAAUAUGAUGCUUAUGAUGUUACUCUGAGUGUAUAUCCACACCGGGCAUGUUUGAAAAAUAUGCCUGACCAUGGUCGGAAUCGAACCUACGACCUUUGGAAUACUAGCCCAAUGCUCUGCCAACUGAGCUACGCGGUCAGAUCGGUUCGAGUAUGUGAUAUUUCGGAGCAGAAUCUAGUUCCUUCGAUAUCAAUGUAAUCUAAUAAUCAGUAAUGAUUUUUCUGUGUUGGUGUAAUGUACUCAGGUGAAUAUGAUGCUUGUGGUGUUACUCUGAGUGUAUAUCCACACCGGGCAAGCUUGAAAAAUAUGCCUGACCACGGUGGGAACUCAGUUGGCAGAGCCGACCACUCAGUUGGCAGAGCAUUGGGCUAGUAUUCCGUAGGUUCGAUUCCCACCGUGGUCAGGCAUGUUUUUCUGUCGUUCAAAGUUUGCCUUUAGCAUCACUUUUAGAGUUCAAUUGAAUUGCGGUGAAAGCAAUUUUUUCUGAAGCCCGCAAAUGCCCCAGAGCUUUGGGACAACGAAGAAACUGCAAUAUAACCGGCCUACAAUGGAUGCCAAUCAACUUCAUGUUGUUACUAUGUCUGUAUUAAUAUUGAUUGGCUUUCUUCGUUCAUUUGGAUGACCGAACUGGCGUGAAACAACGAUAGGCCACAUCUGGAUACGCACUUGAUAGUUACUCUCAACAAAUAACAAUUUUAGGUUUGACUUCUAUUUUUCGCCUUUCGGGUAAAACUUUGGAAUUGGAAAACCCUUGCCUUGCAUGCUACGUAUAAAAUUGUGGGCGAAUGGAAAAGCUCGAGUCUUGCAAUACGAAGACGAAUUCACUACUGCUGAGACUGAUUUAUGUUCGUUAUUGCAUGGUAUACCCUGUAGCUAUAUCGGCAAGUAGAAUGAAGGCAGGUUGUACGCAAUAAUUAUUUCGACAAUAAUUCCACACCCCCCCCCGGGUAUAUUAUUUGAUAAUUUUUAACAAAUUAAAAUGUUUUGGUGUUUCGUGUUCUGGUUUUACUAAUAGCCCUUAAAAUCUAGAAACCAAUUAAACAGUCAAAACAAAUAAGGAAUUAACGAAAUUAAGCAUCCUGAAGCAGGGCCUACGCCAAAAAGGUAGCUAGCCUAUUUUACGAAAUAAAAACAAAUUUCCUUCCCGCCAAAAUUGCUAGUGCUUGCCCAGUAGCCCUCCUCAUAUGAAAUAAAUGACAAAGUGGUCUAGCAAAGCGAGCUAGCCCAGCUAAUUUGAACAGCCCCUUAUUACGAUAGAACUUAAUUACAACAGCAUUUCUCUACGUGUUUAGUUAAUUAUGAUGACUCGCCGAAGAUGUCCUCCACCCGACCUGUAUUAUCUUGAAGAUGGUUUUAUUUUAACGGAUCAAGAAGCCAGAGAAAGAUUAACCACGAAAAUGGUUGUUAACAGAAGAAAUAAGAAGAUCGUUACCCUGCCUGAGGAGGUGACUGAGCAAGAAUAUGUUGAGCAAUUACAGCUACAAACAAGGAAUGUUUUACUUGAGGUUUGUCAAGAGUACCAUUCCUGUACAGAACCGAUAUUAGGGAGCUUAAAGUAUUAUUAAAGUAUUAUUAACAUGCAGCAACGGAUUUUUAUAGGGCAUGGUGCAGCAACAAUAUCUACACCCUCGCCCUCACUAACAGGGACGGAUCUGGUCUGAUUUGUUAGAGGGAGCGAGGUUUUCCAGAGGAAGUGCAUUACUAGGGAGGGUCCGGGGGCAUUCUUCCCCAGAAAAUGUUUGAAAUUUGAAGCCAUGAAAUGCCAUUUCUGCAUUCUGAGCACCACGUUUAUUCGUUAAAUUUGUCCUCACAGUACUUGUAUUUCAUGAAAAAAUUAAGAAAAGUGCUACGUUAUAUGGUGGCCCGCCGUGUUGGUGCUUGAAUAUCUUUUCGCGUAUUCGAAAAUCAAUCGUUUCAAUAGUAUUCACAACUCAAAUAUGUAAUACCAGAGUUUUCUUCAAGGGGGUGCUAGACACCACUAGGGGGCGCACCCUCCCCCCCCUGUACCCCACCGGUAGAUCCGCCCCUGCUCACUAAACUCUCGUGGUUAAAGAUUUUUGAAACCCUGUUGGAAUUAAAAUCUAGUCAAAGUGUAUAAUAUAGCUCUGAAUAUUGUAUCUAUUUGGAAAAUGGGUAUGUUGUGUUUACUACGUCCGGUGUCAAAGCGGAUACCGCCUCCCUGAAAGAAUAUUUCCCCACACACUAUCCGCUAGCGGACUGUGUCUCCCCGGACACUCCGUGCGUCGCGAAUUUCUCUUUCUCUCAACUAUAUUAAGCCUGGUUCACAUAAAAUCGUUAAGCAGUCGCAGACAUGUGCCGAAUUUUUAUAUGAACACAAAUGCAGAUUCGCGCAGACUGUCUGAGACCGGAACUUGGUUCAACUUUCCCGAUCCAUCGCAGAUCGUUCAUACAAAAAUUCGGCACAUGUCUGCGACUGCUUAACGAUUUUAUGUGAACCAGGCUUUACACUUAAUAUGACUUACACUUAAUAUGACUUACGCUUAAUAUGACUUACGCUUAAUAUGACUUACACUUAAUAUGACUUACACUUCAUAUGACUUACACUUAAUAUGACUUACACUUCAUAUGACUUACACUUCAUAUGACUUACACUUCAUAUGACUUACACUUCGACUUACACUUAAUAUGACUUACACUUCAUAUGACUUACACUUCAUAUGACUUACACUUCAUAUGACUUACACAGAAGUCACUGCCUCCUCCGCAGGCCCUCGUUGCGUCAUGGGAAGGUCACGAUCUGGCGAGGGCCUGCGGAAUCUUGUAAAAAAAAUGGCGCCGGCGUCACGUCAGCAAGUAAAUUUCUACAUAAUCUUGAAUAUAAACAGAUAAAAAAAAGCGGCGUGAAACUUGUAAAUUAAACUGGCGACUCUUAGGACGUGGAAGGAAGCAUUUUUUAACGAUAAGGUUUGUUGUCCACACCAACGUUGCACGAAUAAAACUGCCUUCUUUAACGAAGCAGGUUCAAAACAACAUUUAUUCAUUUUACAAGAUUCCGCAGGCCCUCUCGAAAUCGUGACCUUCCCAUGAGACAACGAGGGCCUGCGGAGGAGGCAGCAGAAGUCACGGCUUUGGGAACUGGGAAAGAGCAGGAAAUUAUCCAGCUUAGCAGUGUUUAGCAAGGGACGUUUUUGUCAACGCGGACGUCACCCGAAAUUUCGUAUAACUAAUUUUGGCGGCAUUUUGCAUCAUAGCCCUCGUGUAAGGAAGCAAAAACUUUAAAAAUUUCGUUUUGUCGUAUGUGUUGAAGAUUACGACAAACUGACACCAACACAGUUUUUAAUCCAGUCCCCCCUCGGCAAUCUGACGUCCUUGUUGACAAUAACGUCACUUUCUUAAGCUCGCUAGUCGCUAAUGAUAAGCUAAAAGACACCAAAGUAACUACCACCGACUGCGAAAGAGACCUUGGCGUAUGGGUGUCUUCCAAUCUUACGUGGAAAAAACAAGUGUGCAACCAGACGUCAAAAGCGAACAAGUCCCUUGGCUACAUCAAAAGAAACACCAGAUUCGUGAAAAGUACUGAAGCAAGACGGAUGUUCUACCUGACCCUAGUUCGGUCACAUUUUGGUUAUGCAUCACAAAUCUGGGCACCACAAUCAAUAGAACUUAUUAACCAUCUUGAACGAACCCAACGACGUGCUACCAAAUAUAUUCUAAAUGUACCGUUCUCCUCGGAUAUAGACUAUAAAUCAAGGCUGCAGUCGUUGCAUCUCCUCCCAAUAUGCUACUGGCACGAAUACCUUGAUUUGAUUCUAUUCUUUAAGAUCACACAUGGUUUAGUGAAAACAAGCGCCUCUCCAGUUAUUCAGAAUUCUCGCAGAACCACUCGCUCAAAUUCAAGCAACACAGUCAAGUAUGUCAUCCCCAGAUGUAAAACAACCAGCUACCAGAAAUCCUUCCUCGUUAGAACUUCCAGAAUAUGGAACACACUAAUAGACGCAAUAGACCUUCAUACGGACAGUCUAGCUGUAUUUCAAUCAUGUUUACUUAAUUAUUAUUUUACCUCUGUUGACAUUACUUAUAAUCCUGAAAAUCCGCGAACAUUUAGAUCUUUAUGCUUGAAAUGCAACUGUGUUCGUAGUUUAGCGUCUCCAAUAUAUUGCUGUUAUUGAAAAUUUCAGCACAGCUAGCUACAUGGCAACUGCUCGUGCUAUGCUUAUAUAGUCGGUAGCAUGCAUUGAUUUGUUCAAUUUCUUUUCAGCUAGUGCAUGUUAUUAUCAUAGCAUGAUCAGUUGCCGUAGCUACCUAAAUAUAUAGUUGUAUAAAUGCAUGAAGUUAGUUGUUAGUUUUUUUGCUAUUUGAUGUUAACGUAUUGUCCUUGGGUUCGCAGUAAUUGGCUAAUCGCUGUUGCGAAUACCCUGCCAUAUAGUCUAGUUAAUUCGUUAAAUUAUUACUUUGUAAUAACUGUUAAUACUAUCUGGCAAAGUUAAUAAAUUAAAUUAUGAUAUUGACCUGUCCACACCGGUGGUUCACACUGUGUAUUCAAUUCCUGUGAAUUAUGAUUAAGUCACACCUAUACAGCGCCGCCAGCUGUUCAUUUUUGAACAGGCAUGUAGCGAUAUAAUCAUCGAUCUCUCCCUGUGCAAUAUAGUGGGACGAUGCAUAAUGGCAAAUCUGAAAGCACAUGCAUUAAUCACGUGCCGUAAACAUCUGUUCCCUACAUAUAAUGGUAAUUUCUAAUUUUGAUUUUCUAGGAUGAAGAAGCUUUACACAAAUUGUAUGAAGAGUUAGUUCCGAGGUAUGAAGAUCGAUAUGGUGGGUUUGUUAAAGUAACACCUAUACCAUACCCAACCAAACGUCGCUAUCCCAGAAUGGCAUACGUCGAAUUCGUAGAUAAUGAUUUACCACCAAUUCCCAGACUUCCAGAUGUUAUUGACGGAACAUUUGUGACUUUUCCAAGAACUUUAACUGAUAUUGAAACAGAAAUAAACACGAGCUGAGGUGUUCUUGAAAGGUCGUUGCAAAACAAUAGUAUUAACUAUCUUCAGCAGGUACUGUAAACCAAAAACAGUGCACAAGGAGAGCAUGGGGAGCAUGGUGUUUUUACUAUCUUAUUCUCUUUGUCUUACAAAUGUUACUCUUCCCCCUUGUUUUUCAGUCACAAAAUAUUCUCGAAAAUUACUCUUGCCUGGAUCGUAGCCUAUCGAAGGGAAGAUGGCUGUGAAACUCAUUAAAAUAACAAUAUUUCGUCGAGACAAAGUCGAGGUGAAUAUUCCCCGAUAAUCACCGAGCCUGAGGCGAAUAAUUGUUUUAGUAUUUUUACACAAGUCUUUUGUGUUUUCUGGGACUGAAUUUAUUUUAAUUUCGCUUAUUUCUUUAUCAGUAACUUCCACAAAACGACUGACCGCUAUUUUGAAAAUUUCGAUUUUGUUAUAUUCACCUUCUUUUAAUUUUAAUUUUAAUAUUAAUAUUAAUAUUCUUGUUAUAUUCACCUGUUUUGUUAUAUUCACCUGUUUUGUUAUAUUCACCCGCUUUUAACAAAUCCUACAAGUUGAUUGGUCGAUUUGUUAUGUUCACUUGUGCAAAAAUACUAGAAUUCAUUAUCUAUGUUGGUCAACGUUUAUGGAAAUUGGAAAUUGCUAUUGGUGGAUUUGGCAAAAAUACAAUACACACGUGACGGUGAAGGACCAGAUUUAUGAAUAAACGUUGACUGACAUAGAUAAUGAGUUAUAUUGUUAUUUUAAUGAGUUUCACAACCAUCUUUCCUUCAAUAGGCUAUGCCUAAGACUGAAUAUCGAGCAAACAUUUUAUGCAGAGUGCCGACCUUAGCAGAGACAUUUUUCCUUCAUUUCAAUUGCGAUCUAUUGGUACGACUGUGGUGGAAUUACCAAAAAAGUAACAUUCACUUAUAAUUGUUCAAAUAGAUCAUAUAAUAAUUUAUUUUAAAAUCUUCUUUUUUUUUUAAAUCGGCACGAACUAUAUGUGUAGUAUAGACCAUUUUGUACUAUACUAAUGUUACAAAGAAGACAAUUAUGGAGAAUCAGGCUGAGAAUAAAUAUAUACACAAUAUAUUUACAUGUGUGACUGCAAAUUACGAACGUAGUGUUGUUGCAUGUAAUUAACAAUUAUUCGCUGAAGGCGAGGUGAUUAUCGUUGAAUAAAAACCGAGAUGAAGUUGAGGUUUUAUUCACGAGAAUCACCGAGCCUGAGGUGAAUAUAUAAUUGUUUAGUAUAAUUUCAUAGGUGAUUAUUUGGGAAAAAAAAAUUAAAAAUACACAUUUCUUCGUGAUUUAAUUGACAAAACGGUUUCGGCCGCCAUUUCGAAAAUCGCUUAGGUGAUUAUCGCGUUAUAAUCACCUGAACGGCAACCAGUCAGCGUGGAGAAUUUUCAAUAAUCACCUAUGUAAUUAUACUAAUGCUUCUUAUUAUAAUAUUUUUUCACCGUCUUGUGAUUGCGAAGUUUCAUUUUCUGAUUCAGAUUUCUUUUCGUCUGUGAGUGGGUUGAUGUUUGCAUUUACGAUAUUUUUCAGAAUUAUAAUUUCCAAAUUAACCUGUUCGCACUUUUGGUCUUUUGGAGUUUGUUUGCUUGAGUUCACUGGCGUUUCUUGAGAGUCUGUAGGCUUUUCUCUAACGUGUCUGGAUUGACCAAUUACU